AUGUCUUCAAAUAGCGAAAUACAAGCAUCAUUUUCGCUUGAUUUGUUUACUGCCGAAAAAAGGGAUGAAUUCGCACAAUCUUAUACCACCUCUCAGCCUUAUCGACAUUCAGUGAUCGACGGCUUGAUCGAUGAUUCACUUUUACGUCGUGCUAGAAAAGAGAUCAUAGAUGAAUUACGUUUCACCGAAAAGGAAACUGAUAUUUACAAGGUGAAUCAAACGGGAGAUUUGGCAAAUUUGGACGGACUACCAAUAGAGGAGGCAAAAAGAUUGGAAAACGUUCUUCGUGUUCGUAAUGCGAUCUAUUCGGACGAAUUUCGAUCUUGGCUUGAGCAUGUGACAGGUUGUGGUCCUUUAAGCGCAAAAAAGAAAGAUAUGAGCAUAAAUGAUUAUACAAAUGGCUGUCAUUUACUCAAUCAUGACGACGUCAUUUCGACAAGAAGAGUUUCGUAUAUUUUAUAUCUACCCGACCCAACAGAAGAAUGGAACAAGAAUUGGGGAGGCGCUUUAGAACUGUAUCCGGUAAAAGAUAAACAUAUUCCAGCCAAUUCGCCUUCGGUCAUCAUUCCACCAAAAUGGAAUCAAUUCACUUUUUUUGCUGUUCAACCAGGUCAUUCAUUUCACGCUGUCGAAGAGGUCGUUCAUCCAUCCAAAUCAAGGUUGAGUAUCAGCGGUUGGUUUCAUCGUCCUCAACCCGAGGAAAAAGGUUUUGAUGCAGAGGACGAAAAGAUUGAAGAACAGGCAAGAAAGGAUCAUGCCAGCGCUGAAGGAUUGCUCUCCAAAGAAUUUGAUUUACCCUUUGCUUCGUAUAACGAAAAUGGAGCUCCUUUGCCGGGUUCGGAUUUAUCUUUAGAUGAUAAACGCUUUCUGGCUAAGUUCAUCAAUCCUGCCUAUCUGCAAUCCCGAACGCAAAAUAUCCUGUUUGAGAGAUUUGGAGAGGAAAGUCACAUCCUUCUAAUCGAUUUCUUGCGAAAGGAGUAUGCUACCGCCUUAGAAAACGGUCUUCGCACAAUCGAUGGAGGGCAAGAAGAGGGGAAAAGCGACAAUGUUCGCUGGUGGGAGCUUGAGGGGCGCUCAAAGCUCCAGCCGCCAAGCCAUCAAUUGGGUGUCAAUUUAGCAAAGGGAUGGUCCAUUUCUGGUCCGCCUCAUCGUCAAAGAUUUUUGAAUUUCAAUUCUGACGGGAAAAGCACGGUACCUUUAGAGGAGAACCCAAAAGUAGAUGAUCAAGAGACGGAAGAUGGAAAUGCAUUGCUCUCCCAUUUACAAAAAUCUUUAUUCCCAUCUCCCGCUUUUCGUCAUCUGUUGGCAAACAUAAGUCAAUUAGUGCCAAUUGGCAUAAGGCCCGUACAAGUUAGACGAUUCAGGCCAGGACUGGAUUAUACGCUGGCAAGAAGUGAUGCAGAAGCUGUACUGGAUGUUACCUUGGAUCUAACACCAAAUGCCGCAUCGGCUGCCAUGCGAAAAGCGGCAGGGACAAAUGGCACGAUCCCAAAGGGAUUGGCAGGGAAGAGAAAAGCGUCCACACAGGAUACAAAGAUAUCGGGAAAUUCCGAAAAGAUCAACAAAUCAAUUGCAAAAAAGCUCAAAGAGGCUUGGGAAACUGGAGAAUUAGGAGGCUGGGAAGCAUAUAUGCCUCCAACGGACGAAAGUGAUGAUCCCGCUGUUUAUGGAAGUGGAAAAGGUGAAGCGGCUAAUGAUGCGGAAUCGAAAGAGGAAGAAGGACAAGAAGAGGAGAUGGAAAUCGAACUGGAGAACGAGGAAGACGAAGCAGAUUCAGAAGGAGAAGAUGAUGGAGUUUUAUUGAACUUAUUACCUCAAUUCAAUACUCUCUCUCUUGUCCUGCGCGAUGAAGGCGUAAUGCGGUUCGUAAAGUAUCUUUCGGCAAGUGCAGGAGGAAGUCGUUUUGAUGUCUCUGCAGAAUACGAAGUCGGUGCUGCAAUUCCAGAGGAAAGUUGA